CUCACCUCUUCGCCGCGACUCCCGGGACGUGCUCAUUUGCCUUCCUGACGCAUCAACCAACGAAGUGAGUUCAGAGAGUGGUCCACUGUUGGAAUGUACUGACAGAGAGCUCGCGAAAACCGCAGAUAUUGACACACCUCCAUCCGAUAUGAAGAGCGUGACAUCAUCAAUUCCGAAAUUCUCGACGACUGCUCCGUUGCUCACAGAAGUUGCGAUGUUGAGCGUCCAAAGGGUGUCAGGCGAUCCGGAUGAUACUGAAGAAAUCGCACCGAUUCCAUUCGACAACCCUCAUGGCGAUGCGGAUGUUGCGCUGCGUUCGUCAGAUAAUGUCACAUUCUAUCUUCAUAAAUCGACUCUGCGAAUGUCAUCGGCGUUCUUCGCUAGCAUGUUCUCGCUGCCGCAGCCUUCCGCCUCUGAUCCAGCCGUAGACGUGGAGGAGAGUGAAGCACCGUUACCGAUCAUCGAGGUCACCGAGAGCAGCCAGAUUCUCGACUACCUGCUUCGCGUAGUAUAUCCCGCGAACAUCCCCGCUAUCACAACAGUGGAGGACGCCGUCCCGCUCUUGCAAGGCGCAGACAAGUACCAGAUGCCCUUGGUCACCUCCGCCAUACAAACAGCACUCGCCGCUCUCUGUCAUGAGCACACACUCGACGUCUAUGCACUCGCGUGCAUAUUUCACCUCGAGCAACUAGCGGAAUGUGCGGCAGAAGCAUUCUGUGCUUUUCCAUCUCCACCUUCGUCCUCGUACUUCCACUUGUUGCAGUGUUACCAAAGGGCAGUGCUCGAUGCUCCUCGCGAAUAUCCUAUGUUUGGAAAGACGCCCUUUCAGUCAUACGUCGAGAAACAACGCGUGGAGGAAAACUUCAACUUCUGCUCGCCGAUUUCUCGUGCCACGAAAUCCUGCACCUCAAACAGACACUUCGGACAUCAAUCCACAUCGAAAGAGUUUGAGUCCCCCCGAUCUUCCUUCAUUCGAGAUUCCUCCAUCACGGAUACAGUCAUACGAUCGUCCGAUGGCACAGAGCUCUACGUGAACUCUCUGCUCAUCGGGAUCGCGUCAUCGGUAUUGGCUAGCUUGCUUCACGAGUCCCGAAGUUCGGAUACUUCUGGGUUUUGCCAGGGCGACGUUGAAAUCACUUGUCACAUUGACCUGCCCGAGGACGGGGAAACACUCACAAAUCUACUCUCCCUAUGUUACCCGAUGCCUGAUCCGGAGAUCAAAUGGAGCAUGGACGACGGGAAGUUAUCAAAGGCAUGCCGCCUCUUGCAGGCCGCGCUGAAAUACGAGGUGCAGCGCGCUGCGCUCUUCGCAAAGCGUGUUUGCAUCGAGGCCAUCGACUAUUGGCCCGAACGCGUUUUCUUCAUAGCAACAAAGUAUGGGUGGCAGGACGUUGCAGAAUUAGCGGCCGUGCACGCAGUAUACAACAGAGGAGAGGUAUACGUGCCCGAGAUGGAGACGGUACCCGCGGCAGCGUACCGCCGUCUUCUCGUCUACCGCCAACAAUGCCGCGAUAUCACAAUUGCGUACUACACAUACGUGUCUUUCAGCAAAGACACGGAACACCAUGUUCUUACAUCUGCACCGUACUGGGACCUAGACGGACUACUGGAGUUCGACUUGUUCAGCGAGCAAAGAUUCUGGAUAACAUUCCACCAGCUCGCGCGCAAGAAAGGAGGGCUCACCAAUGUUCAUGCAUUGCAAGAGAUCGUACCAUCAUCCUUACUACUGAAGGGCCACAGAGCUCGUCACGGUGACGCUACGAGACCAGAUGUUACCGUGCAUCACAUUCACCGGAGGAUGAUUAAGUUAGGGCAGAAGCUGGCAUCAUUCAGGUCCACCUUUGAGUACUCGCGCGCUCGUCGUGGCUCAUGCUUAUCAAGCAUACGGACAUCCAAUAAUCAGGGAAUAUCUCUGAUCAUGACAUACUUAGGUUGACCGUCGACUGGACUUGCCUCUUGAUAUACCGAUGCUCAUUGAAGGCGAUGUGACAACAUGUAUCAUAAUGCAUGUAGUGGUGUUGGCUGUAACCUCAAUCUUCGGUACAGCUCGAUUACUGUAAGGAGAAAGAGAGACUCAUAGAUCACCGGGUGAGA